GUUGACUCCUUUCACUGCGGUUCCAUCGCCGAGCGGACCGGACCACUUCUCUCUCAUCGACAGAAAAAAAAAAAAACCCACCGAUCAUCGUUGGACCUACUUACUAACUACCGCCCGCUCGUUGACACCGUCAGCUCCUUUACAAAUGCAAGCGAUCAAAUGUGUGGUUGUCGGCGACGGGGCUGUGGGUAAGACCUGUCUGCUGAUUAGCUACACUACCAAUGCCUUCCCCGGAGAAUACAUACCUACUGUCUUUGACAACUACUCUGCCAAUGUGAUGGUGGAUGGGAAACCAGUGAACCUGGGCCUAUGGGACACAGCAGGGCAGGAAGACUAUGACAGGCUCAGACCACUGUCCUACCCACAGACGGAUGUGUUCUUGAUAUGCUUCUCCCUGGUCAGUCCGGCCUCCUUUGAGAACGUCCGAGCUAAGUGGUACCCUGAGGUGAGACACCACUGUCCAAAUACACCCAUCAUCCUGGUGGGCACCAAGCUGGAUCUGCGAGAUGACAAGGACACAAUCGAGAGGCUGAGGGACAAGAAGCUGUCCCCCAUCACCUACCCCCAGGGCCUAGCCAUGGCGCGGGAGAUUGGGGCCGUGAAGUAUCUGGAGUGCUCAGCGCUGACCCAGCGAGGGCUGAAGACCGUUUUUGACGAGGCCAUCCGUGCCGUGCUCUGCCCUCCGCCAGUGAAGAAGAGGGGAAAGAGGUGCACCGUGUUCUGAGGAGGAGAUGGUGACAUGUACCACAUGACUAUGAACAACAAUCACUACUUCUCCGAGAGUAUGAAAGAGAAAUAGCGAGAGAGAGAGCGAGAGAGAGAGAGUGUGCACUGCGGUUUUUCUUUUCCUCUUUACUUUGAUGUUUGAUACAGUGAUAUUGGCAACAAGACCAAUACAUAAACAGAUUUUUUUUAACAUUACUGAAUGUUAAUUUCUCUGUGAAAGACAGUGGCUGUCCAUUGAAAUCAUUCAUAUAGAACCACAUCAAGUUGCUGUUGUGUUUUAUAUGCAGAGGACUGACAACAGUUUCUAUUAUUCUCAUUUAUACUAAAACAUCCCUUUUUUCUCAGCCAUGCUUGCUUUGAGUUGAUGCAGUGUUGACUACGUAGAAAAGUGAACUGUGAAUACGUCAUCAGGUUUGAAGUUACCCUUAGCAUCUGAUCAAGGAUCACUGUAUGGUGCCAUGGAAAGAAAAACUAAUACAACCGGAAUGCAGCAGUCAUUUGGCGUACCAAUGAAGACUUAAUACUAUCCGUUUGAAAAUGUGUUCUCUUCAGAUUUGUAAAAAAAAAAAAAGAAGUCUGAUCUUAGGUAAGUGUUUAUAGGUAACUUCAUUUGAACUCUGUGAACACGUGACAGACGAGCAUGCCAAACAUGGAGGCUGUACAACCUUGCUGCCUGAGUUCUGCCUCUGGGGUGGAUGAGCUUGCAUGGGUCUUAAUAAUAUUCUCUGUCUUAAUUUAUUCCAUUGUUUAGAAUUUAUCAGUGUCCUGUGUGUGUGUGUGUGCGCGCGCGAGUGUGUAUACGCGUGCGUGGGCGAGCACUUGUCGGUCGGAAUUGGUGAGAAAGCGAGCCUUGGUUAGUGCGUAAAAGAAUAUUGUUUUCAGCCAAUUUUUUAGUGUGAAGCUUUUGGUACUAUUUCAUAUUGUACGGUAGUAAUACACAAUGACUUUUCAACAAACUGUCGUCAUAAAGAGAAGAGAAAAAGGGAUGUCGAUGACGAGUCUAGUGAUGUACAGAAUAAACCCUUAAGAGAAAGGAAUGCGUUAUGAAUAUCUAUCUUCGUGUACCUGAAUAUUUAGCUCUUCGACUCGAAAACAACUCCAGCUGAAAGGACCAUAGUCGCUCACGUUGAAUUUAGAAGCGUUGCAAAUCGGUGUAAGAUAAAGGAGCUGAUCUUUGUGUAAGUUUGUCCCUCGUGGCAAACGGGGCGGAUUGCGCCUUUACGAAAUGCAUUUCUUUAUGGUUGUGGGGCUGCGGGCGUCUGUUGCCCUCGUCUGGGGGGGAGGCGGUACUGCACUCCUCGCUGUCACGCUGUCUUUGGUUGGCAUAGCAACUGUGUGGUUGAAUAAUGUCGUGUCUGUUCCUGCCUACGGUGUCAAAAAUGUAGCUGAGAAACGCAGCAAAAAUACAAAUCUACUAUUGCAUGGAAAUUAUCUGGUUAUCUGACCCACUGUAAUUCUUAGGAAAGGUUGUAUGAUGAAAUGCAUUGGCCAUGUACGUAAUGUAAGAUGAAUUGUAUACUUGUUUCAACUGUUUGUCUUAUUUUUUAUGACUUCACAUGUCUGUGUGGUGAAAUAUUUCAAUUUUGUAUAAUAAAUACAAAUGUAUA